GAUCGUUUAUUGUGUUUUGAAACGUGAAGUAGUGAACGUGAACUGUGGUGAAACUCAAAUCGGAAAUGGCUCGUACCAAGCAAACUGCACGCAAAUCGACUGGUGGAAAGGCGCCACGCAAACAACUGGCUACUAAGGCCGCUCGCAAGAGCGCCCCUGCGACUGGAGGUGUAAAGAAGCCCCACCGCUAUCGCCCUGGAACAGUGGCCUUGCGUGAGAUCCGUCGCUACCAAAAGAGCACAGAGCUUCUGAUCCGCAAACUGCCUUUCCAGCGUCUGGUGCGUGAAAUCGCUCAGGACUUUAAGACUGACUUGCGAUUCCAGAGCUCGGCUGUUAUGGCCCUGCAGGAAGCUAGCGAAGCCUAUCUGGUUGGUCUCUUUGAAGAUACCAACUUGUGUGCCAUUCAUGCCAAACGUGUCACCAUAAUGCCGAAGGACAUCCAAUUAGCGCGACGCAUCCGCGGCGAGCGUGCUUUAGCUCCAUUCAUCAAGAAGUACUUAAAAUCGGCCGUGGUCAAUGGAAAGCUUAUCCAAACAAAGGGAAAGGGUGCAUCUGGAUCAUUUAAACUUUCGGCCUCCGCCAAGAAGGAUAAGGAUCCGAAGGCGAAGUCGAGGGUUUUGUCUGCUGAGAAAAAAGUGGAAAGCAAGAAGGUAGCAUCCAAGAAGACUGGUGCUUCCUCCAAAAAAACUGCCGCUGGGGCUGCUGACAAAAAGCCCAAGGCUAAGAAGGCUGUGGCCACCAAAAAGACUGCCGAGAAAAAGAAAACCGAGAAGGCAAAAGCCAAGGAUGCUAAGAAAACUGGAAUCGUAAAGUCGAAGCCCGCCGCAACAAAGGCGAAAGCGACCGCGACCGCAGCGAAGUCGAAGGCUGCAGCAGCCAAAGCCCCAAAGGCAAAGCCAGCGGCGUCUGCAAAACCCAAAAAGACUGCGAAGAAAGCAGCGGUUUCUGCUACGGCCAAGAAGCCGAAAGCAAAGACUACGGCUGCCAAGAACAAAAUGUCUGGACGUGGAAAAGGUGGCAAAGUGAAGGGAAAGGCAAAGUCCCGCUCCAACCGUGCCGGUCUUCAAUUCCCUGUGGGCCGUAUUCACCGUCUGCUCCGGAAGGGCAACUACGCCGAGCGUGUUGGUGCAGGCGCUCCAGUUUACCUAGCAGCCGUAAUGGAAUAUCUGGCCGCUGAAGUUCUCGAGUUGGCAGGCAAUGCUGCUCGUGACAACAAGAAGACUAGAAUUAUUCCGCGUCAUUUACAGCUGGCCAUCCGCAACGACGAGGAGUUAAACAAGCUGCUCUCCGGCGUCACUAUUGCCCAAGGAACUGUGGUGAAACUCAAAUCGGAAAUGGCUCGUACCAAGCAAACUGCACGCAAAUCGACUGGUGGAAAGGCGCCACGCAAACAACUGGCUACUAAGGCCGCUCGCAAGAGCGCCCCUGCGACUGGAGGUGUAAAGAAGCCCCACCGCUAUCGCCCUGGAACAGUGGCCUUGCGUGAGAUCCGUCGCUACCAAAAGAGCACAGAGCUUCUGAUCCGCAAACUGCCUUUCCAGCGUCUGGUGCGUGAAAUCGCUCAGGACUUUAAGACUGACUUGCGAUUCCAGAGCUCGGCUGUUAUGGCCCUGCAGGAAGCUAGCGAAGCCUAUCUGGUUGGUCUCUUUGAAGAUACCAACUUGUGUGCCAUUCAUGCCAAACGUGUCACCAUAAUGCCGAAGGACAUCCAAUUAGCGCGACGCAUCCGCGGCGAGCGUGCUUAAGUUGGCAAGGCUUCAACUGGCAGCCCAAGCCCUAGCAUACUCUACAACUUUUCUUUUGCAGCCUAUUUAUAAAAGAAUAUAUAUUAGAAUAUAAUAUUAUAUAUAGAAAAUAAUAACAAUUGAUAUUCUAUAUUUUGUCUUUGUGUUAAGUUCAGCUGAAUAUAUUAUUGAAAUGUUUAUAAGGGGCAAACGGCACUGAACCUUCAAA